AUGAUAUUCUAACUACGAUUUUCGAUUUAGUAGGUACUAAACAGCACAUCACUCAAACGGUGUCUUAUAAAGUUGUGCACUAUGGUGUAAUGGAUUGAGUUAAUCAAAUACUACGUUUUGAUUGACAUUUUUUAAGUUUAAACACAAGUUCAUAAGAGAUGGGUGAUAUUUUUCUGACAACGAGGACUAGUAGGUAUGGCAAUACAGUUAUGAGCCAUAAGGAAACUGACAACACUAAUGGACUAUCUAAUGUGACGGAAAGAGAAUUAUUGGACCAACUGAAUGACGAAAUAAAACGGGUAUUAACACCUGUUUCAGUUUUUGUUGGAAUUGAAGCUGUUGUGGGAUUUUUUGGAAAUUUAUUUGUCUUGUUCGUAUUUAUAAAGCGUUACCAUGCCUGUAAUUUCCGCUACUUCGUGCUGUGCCUCGCUCUUUUGGACUUGAUCAGCACGCUCACCACGAUGCCUGGAGAAAUUCUCACGCAGCAGCACUGGUACAAGUACCCGUUCCCCGUCGUCUGCAAAGUCAAGUCCUUCUUUAACGUGUUCACGGUGUCAGGGGAGGCAUUUUGUCUAUGCAUCAUUGCUGUCGACCGCUACCGGAAGGUUUGUGCGCCAUUCAGAUGGCAGAUCAAGCCUCGCCAGGCGCUCCUCAUGUGCGGCCUUAUCUACGGCUCGGCGUUCACCCUUUCACUGCCAGUCUCGUUUCUCUGGGGAAUCAAGCAGGACGUAAGGAUAUACAAUGGAAGAAACGUUACUGUCACUAUCUGUGAAACGGAUUCUUAUUAUGCAGGCAGUAGACAACCGUUUUUAUACGCUACAUCAGUCGAGGUUUUAAUUGGGAUAUGCCUGGUGAUCAUGCUUAGUCUUUAUGUACUGGUAGCAAAAAGACUCAUCUUAGGUCGCUCAUUUGCACAAAUGAACAGAGACUCGUGCUUGCCUAUGGUCAGCAAGCCGACAACUUCCCAGAAAAAUGAAAAAAGCGGGAUCAGUGAUGCAAGAAAUGUUUCUAUUUUAGAAGUACAGAUCGGGAAUGGAAUAGCUUACAAAGAAACAGAAAUGAGGAAUAUGGAUGACGAAAGUGAUCCAGUUGACGUCAAUGAUGUUUGUGUCAUUGAAGCCGUAAGGCCGGAAGUCUGUCACAUUAAGGUACAGCAUCGACGUCAAGAAAACGCGAACCUGGUUAAUUGGAAAACGUACAUCAUGUUCGUUUUGACAAUCAUAUUCAUUGUCACAACAAUUACGUAUAUGACAUUAUUAGCGUUAAUAUCAGAAGGAAUCUUAAAACGUUUAAAUGCGUAUGAGAAGUCUGUGUAUUUCUUCUUUUUCAGACUAGUAUUCAUAAACCAUGCUAUUAACCCGUUCGUGUACGGCUGUCUUGACCCUCACUUUAAGCAAAUAUUAGGAGAUAUGAAAAUCUGCUUAAGGAAGUAAGGGAGGUAGUUAAACUGUUUGCGUGUAAUUCCUUCCAUUCGUGACAUGCACACUAUAUUCACCACACAUGCGCAUUGAAAUGGUUUGCAUGUUACAGCUUACAAUUUUGUAAAUUGUGUAUUUCGUCAUUUUGAACGAAUCUUAUAUUGCAAUCGAAGUUGGGCGUGUAUUUGCCAUUGUCUCGUUGAAUUUUUUGGAACCAUAUCUAAUUGCCUGUUUAUCAAUUAACUUUUAUCAAUAAAAUUAUAUACA